AUUUCAGGUUUCUUUCAGCGGACCAGUUUUUUCGUUCGGAUUUUCGUUUACCGGUGCUUCAACAGGUUUAACGAUGCUGUAAUUAACCCCAAAUCAGUAGUAGGUCACACCAAAGAUGAGAAUAUGCAUUGCGUCGGAUUUUUUUUACCCAAACAUGGGCGGAGUUGAGGAGCACAUCUUCAAUCUGUCCCAGUGCCUGCUGUCCCGGGGCCACAAGGUGGUCAUUCUGACGCACUCGUACGGCGACCGGAAGGGCGUCCGGUACAUGACGAACGGGCUGAAGGUGUACUACAUUCCGAUUAAGGUGUUUUACAACCAGGUCAUCCUUCCCACGAUGAUCUGUAACGUUCCUCUGUUGCGGUACAUUUUGCUCCGGGAGCGGAUCGAAAUCGUGCACGGUCACUCGGCGUUCAGCACGUUAGCGCACGAGGCCAUGAACGUUGGUCAGCUGCUGGGCUUGAGGUCGGUCUUCACCGAUCACAGUUUGUUUGGCUUUGCGGACCUGUCGGCUGUCGUCACGAACAAGUUCCUGGAGAUUUCCCUCUCCAACUGUAACCAUUGCAUUUGUGUGUCGCACACGGGCAAGGAAAACACCGUCCUGCGGGCCAAAGUCCACCGGGACAAGGUGUCGGUCAUUCCGAACGCCGUAGACACUGCUCACUUUACCCCCAACCCGUGCCAGCGGCCUUCCGAUCCGGAUCGCAUCAACGUGAUCGUGGUGUCUCGGUUGGUCUACCGGAAGGGGGUCGAUCUCCUCGCUGGAAUACUGCCAAAACUCAAAAAUCAACCCAAUGUGCAUUUCAUCAUCGGUGGCGACGGUCCGAAGCGUGCCCUGUUGGAAGAGAUCCGCGAGAAAAACAACAUGCAGGACCGCGUCACGAUGCUGGGCGGGCUGGAACAUUCCCAGGUGCGGGACGUUCUCACCCAGGGCCACAUCUUCCUCAACACGUCGCUCACCGAAGCGUACUGCAUGGCCAUCGUAGAAGCCGCUUCCUGUGGGCUGCAGGUGGUGUCGACCCGCGUCGGUGGAAUUCCCGAAGUGCUGCCAGAAAAUCUAAUCAUCCUAACGGAACCCACGGUCGAUUCCGUCUAUCGAGGGCUGAUGACGGCCAUCCGGAGGGAGGCGGAAAAGAAGCAAAUCGGAAGCAUUUAUUUGAACGGGGAUUUGGGUGGGUUGUUGGCCAGCAGGGAGCAGCUUGUGAUGUGUCCAUUCGAGCGGAACAACAUUGUGGCGCAUUUGUACAACUGGGAUAACGUGACGGCAAGGACGGAGAAGGUGUACCGGAAGGUGAUGCUCGAGAAGGAAUCGCCGCUGGGGCAGAUGAUGGUCAAUUGCCUCCGCAGCGGCGUGUGGCCCUUCCUGCUGGUGAUCUCGCUGUGCCACUUGCUGAUGCGCUUCCUGGACUGGUUCGUGCCGCGAAAAUUCAUCGACCUCUGCCCGCUGGAUAAUCCCUUCUGGGAGGGCGCCUUGGCGGCCCGCCAACGCAGCACCAACCGCCAAUCGCUGAACGACGUCCGCGUCCACGUGCACCACCAUCCCUCGGGAAGUUCCUCGUCGUUCCGCAAGAAACGCCACAAACAUCCGGCCGACUACUGACGGACGCUGCUCGGCGCGUCCACGCCGGAGGAGGAGGUAUUUUGAGUAAGUUUAGCCAAACAACAAAAA